AUGAUUUUCAAUGCCUGCAUCUCCAAUGCUCAAAAUCAUACCGUGUGGAGAAAAGUUCUUCAAAAUCUGAGCACUUUACAUGAAGAUAUCAAGUGCACAAUCACGCAACGAGAGUUUAUCGUAUCGUCCAUGAAUAGCACAGAUACAGCAAUGGGUCAAGCCCGUUUCAAACAUAGUUUUUUCGAGAGCUAUGAAUUCAAACCCCAGGAAACAGUGUUUGGAGAAGACGGGCUUCAACAAGUUCAGGAUCAGCAGCUUGAGGUGCAUCAAUUGUAUUCGUUCAAGAUCAAUGGCAAACUCCUAGGUAUACUCUUUCGAAAACCUGAAAAUGACAAUAUCAAAACACUGGAACUGGCUAUCCAUAAUGGUGCAACUUGUCCAGAAUCUUUGGCCAACCGAUUUCAGAUAACGAUACAUACCGAGAGCUUGAUGGUUAAAGAAUAUGUGCCUAACAUAGUACCUAUAAAAUACGAUCCUAUUGUGAUCAAUCUGAGAUACAAGUGGCGCUUUCUGGAGGUCUACGGCGGAUCGUGCGAAGAUCAGGGAGAACAGCUGGAUCCGCGGCUACUAGACAUGUUCAAGGUCUUUAAUCGUGAACUUACAGAAUCAUAUUUCAACAACGACAUACUAUCGAAUAGCAAAAAAUCCAGUGGUGAGCUGACACCAGAGGAUGAAAUCAAUUAUUUGUGCUGCAAUCUACAACUUUUGAAGAAUUUCAUUGAUAGCUGUCAUACAAGCGCCACAGAAGAGGUCAAAAUCGAGGUGUCAAUCUCCAAACUAGGUUUAACUGCCUUCACCAAGGCCAUCUACAGCAAAAAUAACGACGUUCUACGUAACGCAAUACGCGCCACGAACAUUGUGAGUACGAACGAUUUAGAGCAUUACUGUCUGUUUACGACGACAGGCGACGAGAAUAGUAAAAAUCGACCGCUGGCUAAAACAAUUUCCUUUGGCAUGAGAGACUUCAGGAAUUUUGUAAACAUGGCUGCGUUUUGGAAGGGAAACCAGAAUGUCAACAUAUGGUUUUGUCGUCCAGGAGAUCCAAUCUUUAUGGAGUUGGUCAAAGACGACCUACUACUGGAUCUCGUACAAGUUACUGAGAGCAGUGACACUGUACCGAGCAAUGGAAAUAAGGUCCAUGCUACAAGGACGAGCCCAAUACGAGAAUCCGCCGUGAAAGCCGUAAGUCCCCGGAAAUCGCCUCUUCAAAAUAAAAGUCCUUUCAGGUCCAAUUCUAAGGAGAUCUCUCGCAGUCCGCUUAAGCCAAAAUCUCUAUUCACAACCGAUGACGAUGAAAGUCAGGAACAACAAGGAUGGAAGAACCCUAUACGCGGAAAACGGCGGCUCGAGGAUGAACGUCAAGAAGGGUAUUCGAAGAAGCAUUUUGAGCAAAACCAGCCCGGCGACACAAUGGCGCACCGCACUCGAACAACAAUUGAAUGGGGCAAUGGUAAUUUGGAGUCUGCCACCGACACAACUCCUGUGCCACCUCUAGACCAAAGAGAUUUAUUGAAAGAGGAGAAGAGAAAGUUUCUACGCGAUCUGAAAGCGCAGCGCGAAAAGGACCAGAGCAACACAGAGGACGAAGCAAACGAGGAACAGUUAGGUCCCACGCAAAUUGAUAGGCCCAAAGGUCUUUUCGACUAG